AAUGUCAAUUUGACAUUGACAGUAGUAAACUUAACCUAAAAUUUAGCAACAAUCAAAAUUAUUAUCUAAAAAUCUUGUUAAUCUUAAUAGUAUCCUUAAAAGCACUUUAAUUUCCAAUUUAGAUCAAAAACUUGUUGAAUAAGUAUCAAUAUAAACUAUUACCAACACGUGGAUAUUUAUUAAUCUUUUACUCAAUUUAAAAUAUUUUCUAACCUAAAAAAAUUGUCAAAAUGAAAGAAUUUCUUGUAAGAAAAGCGAAAAAGGAAGAUAUGAAAGAUGUUUAUGAAAUGAUUAAAGGAUUAGCUAUUUUUGAAAAAAUGCCGAAUGAAGUAAAAAUAUCACCAGAAACAUUACAAAAAGACGGUUUUGGACCAAACCCGACGUUUCACUGCUUUGUGGCUGAAUUAAACUCGGAAAUAAUUGGGUUUACUAUUUAUUAUUAUUGUUAUUCGACUUGGUUGGGUACAAGCAUUUUUUUAGAAGAUUUAUUUGUAAAAGAGGAGUUUCGUAAACAAGGGGUUGGCGAAGAAUUAUUUAAAAAAGUCGCUAAAUUAGCUCACGAAAGCAGCCAUAGAUUAGAUUUUCACGUUUUACGGUGGAACCCCGCUGUGGAUUUUUAUAAAAAACUUGGUGCCAUUGAUUUGACGAAAACGGAAGAGUGGCAUUUGUAUCGAUUAAAUGAUGAAGCUUUAAAUAAACUAUUUAGUUAAAUAAGAAAAUGCAAAUUAGUUAAAUAAACUAUUUAGUUAAAUGCAAA